AUGCACGCAAAGACUCUCCUCGUCCUCAGCGGCCUCGCUGCCCUUGGCUCUGCCUUCACCCUCCCAGGCGAUCUUGCCAACGGACUUUACGAAGUCUCCUACAACGAAGUUGGCGAAGAAGUUCACAGACUCGUUAAAACCGACUUUGAAUCCACCUAUGUUACACUGGACCACACUAAGCGGGGUGCCGUCGGCAACUCCAGACAAACCUGGUGUGGCUGCGCAUUCCCCAUGAACGCCGGGGACACCAACAUCGCCAACCAGCGCAUCGCCGACUACGCCUCCUCUUCGCCGCAGCUCGGUGCCGGCGCUGCGCGGUACGCUAUCCAGAACUCCGCGGUUUCAUUCAUUUGCAACUUUUCAGCCGUGUCAUCCAUCACCGUUCCAUCGAACCUCGUCAGCAACAACGCCGUCGAUAUCUCCUACAACUGCGGCAACUUCAUUGCUGGGACUUCGAGAAUGAGACCUUAUGAGCACACCGAUUAUGGGUACAUGAACUACUCUAGUGGCCUUAACUUCUGUGGGGCUGCCGAGUUCUCCAAGCAGGGAACUUGCCCUGAUGCUACGGGAGGGAAGGUCCGACGUGUGGUGCGUGGUUCCAGUGAGGCUAGAAAGAUCUGA